UUUUGUUUAUUUACUGCAUUAUUUCAUUGACAACUGUCAUUAAACAAGUGCCAAUAAUUAUUCUACUCUUACUUGUUGAUUUACUUAAAUAUGCUUUUUUAAAGUCGUUCUAUUUUCACUGGAUUAUCAACAACCACUCCGACCUUGAACUUGUCUCAUCGCAUAGAACAAUGUUCAAAAUAUUUCUUUGAUUAUUAAAAAUAAAAGCAUUCUAGGCUUUUAUUAUUAUUAUUAUCAUAAUUGUUGUGUUUUGUUUAAUAAUAUUUAAAUUAUUCAGUCUUUUUGUUUAUUAUCAGUAACAGCCGGGGGUGAAUUUAACAAAAUGUCAAAUUCUUCUCAUUCAAAAGUAAUGGCAACUAUCGGCGUUGGUGUCGGUAUGACAGUUUUAUCCGGCCUCUCAUUCCUCUACUAUAAAUAUACCAAGAAGGAAGUAAUUCCCACUAAAUGGAGACAAGUUGGAGAACUUGACGAACUCUAUAUGUAUCCCAUAAAAUCUUGUGGGGCAGUUGAGUUGGACGAAGCUGUUUGUGAAAAUCUAGGAAUUCGCAAAGGAGAUAUCAAAGACAGAUCUUUGAUGAUCAUUGAAAAAAGUGGACAAGUUAUAACUGCUCGAACUUACCCAAAGAUGUUUCAAAUUUCCCCAAAAAUUGUCGGUCAUUCAAAACUGAUUUUCUCUGCGCCUGGAAUGAAAGAUCUACAUUUUGACUUUCAUGCUCUGGGUGAUAAUUCAAGGGGGGAUGUGGAGGCUCUUAUUUAUGGAUACACUGCCACGGUGUUAGAUUGUGGUGAGAUUUAUCAUAAAUGGCUUUCGGAGUAUAUUUUGGGAGAAUCAGAAGGUUUGCGAUUGGUUUAUUAUCCAUACUCAUUUCCAACAAGGCCAAUUGAUAAGGACUAUUCAGAGGGUGUCUUUACCAAACAGGAUACUGGUACAUUCCAAGACAUAUCGAGUUAUCAUUUGAUCAAUAACAAUUCUGUUGAGGAAUUGAAUACACGUUUAAAGGAACCAGUUCCAUUCACACAAUUUAGGGCGAAUUUCAAUAUUAAAACCACCGGACAACCUUAUGAGGAAGAUAAUUGGCAAUGGAUUCGAAUUGGAAAUGAUUCAAUAUUUCGAAAUAUUGGACCAUGUUACAGAUGCAUUUUGCCAAAUAUCAAUCCUUAUACAGCUACUCGUCAUUCCGAAGCAGAACCAUUGAAAACUUUAAAAACGUAUCGUGUUAUUCCUGGUGCUAAAUCUAAGUCCCCUGGCAUAGGUAUCCAAAUGGGACUGAGAGCUCAAGGACUUGUUAGGAAAGGCGACUGUAUUUUUGUAGAAGACUUAUCGAAUUAAUUGUUUUUUUUUUUGUUAAAAGAGUUGU